CUACACCUUGCACACCAUGUCUGACUCUGAGGGAGAUAUCGACGACGAGCUCCUUGCCCUCGCAGGCGAGUCGGAAAGAAAGCGCAAGCGAAGCCAGCCCAAUUCGUCUUCCAAGCGCCGCAAACCAGACGUGGACGAAGACACCGAAUCAGAUGCUGAGCGCCCUGAAAGCGAGGAAGAGGAGACAGAGACAAACCCGUACCCGCUCGAGGGCAAGUAUAUAAACGAGGCCGAUCGCGCACGGCUCAUGGAAAUGUCGGAAAUUGACCGCGAGGCGACGCUGGCGCAACGGCAGGAAGAGAUGCAGCGCUACACCGACAAGCGGCAGCUAGAGAACAUGUUGAAGAUGCAGAAUGGGCGGGGCGACACGGAAGAGAGUGUUUCGAAAGCUGCAAAACGCCAACAUGCUGUUCGUGGGGCCACGAAGGAGAAGUCGCGUAAGCUUGACGAGCUCAAGGCGAAGCGGAAGGCGAAGGAUGAAAAGAAACGCACGAGGACUUCUUCCCCCAAGCGUGAUCGUUCAUCGUCACCCAUGGACAUGGAUAUGUCCGAGGAUGAGGAAGAUGGACAAAUCACCAAGUACGAUGAGGAGGAAGAGCGCGACCGGAAGCUCUACGGGAAGAGCAACCCCGACGAUGAGCCAAUAAACCUCGAGGACCUGAACAAAUGCCGGGUCACGCGCAACCAGAUCGCAAAACUUUGCAUGGCGCCUUGGUUUGAGGAUUACAUCAAAGGCGGCUGGGUACGUUACCUGAUCGGCCAAGAGAACAACCAGCCCGUGUACCGUAUAUGCGAGGUCGCAGAUAUCGCACCAAAUUUGGUCAAGCCUUACAAGAUCAACGAUCAGACGGUGAACCAAGAACUCGAGCUCAAGCACGGCGAGUCUACCCGACGGUUCGCUAUGGACAAGGUAUCCAACGCACCGUUCGAACAGAAAGAGUUCGAGCGCCUUGUCAAAGUAUGCGAGGCUGAAAAGGUCAAGCUUCCUACGAAGCGUCAGAUCGAGCGCAAGGCUGCGCAACUGGAGAAGCUGGCAAACCAGCAAAUGACCGAGAGCGAUAUCGCGGCCAUGCUUGCCCGCAAGCAAACGAUGCAGACCUCCAAGCAGAGCGGUAUCGCUAUGGCUAUGGAACGUUCCCGCUUGAUGCAGGCGCGAACGCUCGCCGUGCGGCGGCAAGAUUACACCGAGGUUGCGGAGAUCGACGCGCAGCUAGGCGAGCUCGCGCCUGCCCGCGAAAGCCAACGCGAGGAGAGCUCGUCCGACGUGCUCGCGCGCCUCAACGAGCGCAACCGGAAGGCGAACCAGGACGCGGUGCGCAAGGCUGAGCGCGCGGAGCUCGAUCGCAAGCGGCGCGAGCGCACGCUCCGCGCAGGCACCGCCACCCCCACGCUGUCCGACGCGGCGGGCCGCCUGCGGGCGAAGAUGUUGGGUUCCAGGCCAGGCACACCAGGAGCACCCCUUGCGAACGGUGAGGCCGACACGCCGCGCUCUGUGUCGCCGUCCUCGGACGCUGCACCGACGAAGAUAGCAAAGAGCGGGUUGAGCUUCGAGGCGUCGCUUCUGCAGAGCGUAGAGAUCGACCUAGGAGACUUCUAGACACGACGCCGACGGAUGGGCUCAAUGUCCCCGGUUGAACGUUGAAGAGCUGCAGUCGCCCGGGUCGGGAUUUCAGGUUGGUUGUUGUCGGUUAUUCAUCGAUGUCGGACAUGGAGGUUCUCGCUCGCACAAUGUACUACUGUAAAUAUUGCAUACGCUUAAUGCACAACGAUUGCAUGUAACAAUUUGAU